ACGGAACAAGGUGCAAGCUUGGCUUGCCACUUGAUGACGACAGCAUGCGGCAAGCGUUGGCAUGCUGGCUUCCUUCUCUUAACUCUGGUAGUCUGCCUUUGGGACGUAUGGCAUGCUUUUUACAUAAAUACGUGAAAAUCUAGAGUUAUUGUGAAACAUAUACUGGGUCAUCGACAUCGCGCGCUUCGUGAAACCUGUCUAAGUAUUAAAACGGUCACCUGGAAUUUAAAUAGCGAUGAAAAUGGAGUGGACGAUAUCCCGCUAGCAAGCGCAGGAGGAUCCAAAGUUAUUUCGAUAAGUAUGCUUAAUUUGAGCGCAAUGUCAAGAUUACAAGAUUCACUACCAACAAUGGCGAAUGUAUCAUCUAGCAAUGAAGGAUCAAGAUCAAAGUCAAAGAAAGCUAUCAAACAUCCUUGUACACCACUGUGUGAUAGUCGAGCAGAAUGCCCAAAACACCAUGAUCUUGUGCUUACCUUGAUAAGCUCAAAUGACUGCCAAGGCACAAAAUCAAAUAUUAUACAGUUUGAAAAAUGUGUUGUUAAAUACAUUGAAGAGGGAUGGGAGAAAAAUGAUGUUGUUCCAGAUCCAUCAGAGGACUUAAGGUUACCACUUAUACAUUUGGCAUGUGCUUUUGGAAGGUGCGUUGCCUUAGAAUGGUUGCUUAGUUAUGGAUUUGAUCAAAAUGUCAAAUCUUCCACUGGACAGUUUGCUUUGCACUCGGCACUGAGUGGACUAUAUCGAUCAAGAACGAAGGUGUCUUCAUCAAAACUGGUUCCAAAAUUGAACAGAAUAAUAACUGCCUUACCAAAACAGUUGGCAUUUCAUGAUGAAAUAAAUGGCGACACACCAUUGCAUACAGCAGUUAAUAAGUUAAAAACACUUGAAAGUAAAUCUCACUUCUUUCAGGCGUGUAUUGAAGCAAUAGCUACGCAAGCAAACAAAGUGGAUUACCCUGCCAAUUCUAUCUUAGAUGGAAGAAACUAUGAGGGCAAAACAGCAUUACAUCUUUUGGCAGGAUCCUGUUCGAGGGUGGAGUAUUGUGCAAGUGCAAUCCGUGCUCUUAUUAAUGCAGGAGCUGACAAAACGAUACGGGAUAACAACGAUGAAACAGCUGACAUUGCGUUUGCGCAAGGAGUACCGAAUAUUGUACACGAACUUUUGAGGAAUGGCGAGCAUCUAGGCUUGGGAUUCUACUCAGAACUUGAUCAGGAUCAUGAAGUGAAUGCUGCGUUACCUACAAAUCUCUUCCCUUCUCCAAGUCCUACAGACGAUAGUGAUACAAAUUGGAGUGAGAGAGCCAGUUCAAGAUCCUCCAUCACUCCUGUCAACAGUGAAAACACGGUGAGCCAAGCGACACUCGUAUGGUCAGGAAUAAAGCAAGAGAGUCCAUCUAAUGAUGAAGAGCAUGGUGACUCACAGAAAGCAUGUGAAUGUGAUACGGACGAACCUCAAACACUCUCAAUGAUUCAAUAUUCAUCAUCACCAUCGCCAAGAGUUGAUAACACUGAAGUAAUAUCUGACACUCUUGGAAUUUCCACAUCAUCGUCACCAUCCACCAGUUCUAUAGGAGCAGCAGUCAAUUCGCCUGCGGUUCUCAAAUAUCUUGGUGAUGCUGGUUUACUUGGCGAUGUGUCUGCGUUGGUUGCAAGAGCCCGCGCGCAAGAUGAAGCGAGCAUAAGAAAAAUAGAAAGUCGAGCAAGUGAUAUAGACUCGCAAAUAAAGAAAAAAGAACAUAGCAUAGAGAAAAUGAAGCAGGAGUUAUCCACUUUACGGAUGAAAAGGAAAGAAUGUGACACGGACUUUGAACGACUUAAAAAAAGGAUGCACUCGUGUGAGAGUGCUAUGAAGGAAUUACCAACAUUUUUAAAAUGAAUAAAAUCACUACUGUUGCGUAUUUCUUCAUUCUACUAUUGUCCAUACCAAGUCCUUUCGUGAGAAAUCCAAAUCAAACAAUUGUAUUAAAAGAUUGCAAUCGUGCUUACGAUUUGGUUUAAGCAAAUGAACUUUUUACAAAACUAUAUAGGGAAGUAAAUGUACAAAAUGUGUAAAUAAAGAUAUCUGUUUUUAUGGAUCUACUUGAACAAGAGCAGGAAAUGUGCGCAUGCGUAAUCGCUCAAGUUCUGUUCUCAA